AUGCUAUCUAAAGCAGGAAGAUCAACAUUGGUCCAAGCUGUGGGGUCUUCACUUGCAGCGUCAGGACCAAUGCCUUGCUCAUUACACGAGUCAGUGGACAAGGCUCUGUGCUCUUUUUGGUGGGGGGAUACAGCAACUAAGAGAAGGGUGCAUACUCUGUCUUGGGGGAAACUAUGUGUGUCCAAACUAUCAGGCGGCCUGAGGUUCAGAUCUACUAAAGCCAUCAAUGAGGCCUUCAUGGCAAAGAGAGCUUGGGAAAUUCUAGUGGGGAAGAAAGGUAUAUGGCAUGAUUUGGUUCGGGCUAAGUACUUGAAAGGAGAGAAUAUCCUUGGCUAUGUGACGAAACCAAACGACUCUCGCUUAUGGAAAGGGAUUAUGCGUUCGGUGAACCUGUUGCAGAAAGGUCUCAGAAGAAGAAUUGGAAAUGGGAAUUCUACCUCCAUCUGGUUUGACAGUUGGCUCCCAACUUCACCACAUAGGCCAGUCUCGCUUAUGGAUGCUUCUUGUGGAGUCAGUUAG